CAACCAGCCCCUCACCAAGCCUCAGAGGCUCCCGGCUGCCUCACGGAGAACAGGACUCUUCUGCACUAACUGCCAUACCAGCAUGACCACACUGUGGCGCCGCAGUGCUGAGGGGAACACUGUCUGCAAUGCUUGUGGCCUCUACACAAAGCUCCAUGGGGUCCCACGACCCUUGGCUAUGAGAAAGGAUGGGAUUCAGACCCGAAAGCGCAAACCAAAAAGCUUUGCCAAAGUAAAACAACAGAUUCCUGACACUGAAACCCAGGCAACCACCGGUGCGUCCAGAUUCAGCAGCAUUAGUAAACAGCCAAUCAGGACUGACCUGGAGAUUCCACCCCAUUACAGCCCCAUCAUGCAACAGCACAAGGUCACAUCAGUCCUGCCCUGCAUGAACAACAACAGCAAGGAAGCUCCAUCUACUGGAGGUCAC